AUGAGGAGUCUGGCGCUGCUGUUAGGGGUGAAAGCCGCUUGCAUCCUGCUGGUGUCUUCGCUCUCAGGCACAGGGGCCGUCAACAACAGCGGCCGGUGGUGGGGUAUUGUCAAUGUGGCCUCCUCAUCCAACCUCCUCACCAAUUCCAAGAACGUGCAGUUGGUCCUGGACCCAAGCCUGGCCCUACUGAGUCGUCGCCAGCGCCGGCUGAUUCGGCAGAAUCCUGGCAUCUUGCAUGCCAUUGCCGCUGGGCUGCACACUGCCAUAAAGGAGUGCAAGUGGCAGUUCCGCAACCGCCGCUGGAACUGUCCGACCACCCACAGCCCAGCAAUUUUUGGCAAAAUUGUCAAUCGUGGUUGCCGAGAGACAGCAUUUGUAUUUGCCAUUACCAGCGCAGGGGUGACCCAUGCUGUGGCUCGCUCAUGCUCAGAAGGGGCUAUUGAGUCGUGCACAUGCGAUUACCGCCGCCGAGGUCCUGGAGGGCCAGACUGGCACUGGGGGGGCUGCAGCGACAAUGUAGACUUUGGCCGGGUGUUCAGCCAGGAGUUUGUGGACUCCAGCGAGAGGGGCAGAGAUCUGCGCUACCUUACCAACCUACACAAUAACGAAGCCGGCAGAAUGACUGUGUCAUCAGAGAUGCGUCAGGAGUGUAAGUGCCAUGGCAUGUCAGGCUCCUGCACUGUACGUACUUGUUGGAUGCGCUUGCCCAGCUUCCGCACAGUAGGAGACUUUCUUAAGGACCGGUUUGACGGAGCAUCCAGAGUUGUUUAUGCCAACAAGGGAAGCAACCGUGCCUCUCACCGAGCUGACCCCCGCCAUCUGGAACCUGAAAACCCGGCUCACAAACCCCCCUCUGCCAUGGACUUGGUCUAUUUCGAGAAAUCACCAAACUUCUGCUCCUAUAAUGGCAAAACUGGCACUUUGGGAACCUCUGGGAGAACAUGCAACAGCUCCUCUCCAGGCCUCGAUGGAUGUGAGCUACUAUGCUGUGGACGUGGGUUUAAGACCCGGACUGAGACUGUGACUGAACGUUGCCACUGCACCUUCCACUGGUGCUGCCAUGUCAGCUGCUUGAACUGCACCAGUACACGAACGUUACACCAGUGUCUAUGA